AAGAAAUUCAGUUCAGAGAGGAGAGAGGAGAGGGAGAAGGAGAGAGGGGCAGAGGAGAAGGGAGAGAGGGAGAGCAUGCAAGACAGGAAGGAGCGCCUUAGAGUCUCUGAAGCACGAAAGAGAUAACCGAUUAGGAAUUUUUCGGGCAACUGUCAUCCCGGAGAGCAGCCAGAGAAUCACCAUCACCCCAACUCUGACGUUUCCUACCAGAAGUUAGACUUAAGCAGUAUUGACAUCGGAGGGAAAUGGUAUGCCUGAUGCUGUGGAAAAUACCCCUGAGCUGAAGAAGUGCAACUGGAUGUUGUGUGUGUGUUAAAUACCAGAAGAGCCCAGACCCCGUGGUAAUAGAGACGAAAAUGUGAAGAGAAUGACUAACGACAAAUCUGUGAAUUUGUUCUCUGGAGUUGCUAAUUUGCCAGCCCGAAGCAACACAAUUCACAAGGAGGAAACGUUUUGCUGCUUCUGAUUUCUCCCCAAACUGGUGCUACCAGAUGCAUGGCUUUCUAUGUGUUGGAACAAAUCAUUCCUAACUGCAGCAUACCGGGAAAGGGGAAAGGUUGAGGCAACUAACUGGCUGUCUCCAAAUAAGCGAUGAGAUGUAAUGCAUCCUCCAGUCCAUGCACGCUUCCUCUUGCAAUUCGUGCAUCAUUCCUCAGUGGAGACCUUUAAACCCUAAAAUCCAGGAAAAGAAAAUAAAUACAUUAUCAUGGACCUGAGGGAUUUUUACCUGUUGGCUGCUCUGAUUGCCUGUUUAAGGCUGGAUUCCGCAAUAGCUCAAGAACUUAUUUACACUAUUAGAGAGGAAUUGCCUGAAAAUGUGCCCAUAGGAAACAUACCAAAGGAUCUGAACAUUUCUCACAUCAAUGCUGCCACAGGGACCAGUGCCAGCCUUGUCUACAGACUGGUUUCUAAAGCUGGGGAUGCCCCUUUGGUGAAAGUAUCCAGUAGCACUGGGGAAAUUUUCACAACCUCCAAUAGAAUAGACAGAGAAAAACUCUGUGCUGGAGCCUCUUAUGCUGAGGAGAAUGAGUGUUUCUUUGAACUUGAGGUAGUGAUCCUCCCCAAUGAUUUUUUCAGGCUGAUCAAAAUAAAAAUAAUUGUCAAGGAUACCAAUGAUAAUGCCCCCAUGUUUCCAUCCCCUGUCAUCAAUAUUUCCAUUCCAGAAAACACUUUGAUCAACAGCCGCUUUCCAAUUCCAUCAGCAACAGAUCCUGACACAGGCUUCAAUGGUGUACAGCAUUAUGAAUUGUUAAAUGGGCAGAGUGUUUUUGGACUGGAUAUCGUGGAAACUCCGGAGGGAGAGAAGUGGCCGCAAUUGAUUGUUCAGCAAAACUUGGACAGAGAACAGAAAGAUACCUAUGUGAUGAAAAUCAAAGUAGAGGAUGGAGGCACUCCACAGAAAUCCAGCACGGCCAUACUGCAGGUCACAGUAAGUGAUGUAAAUGACAACAGGCCAGUGUUUAAAGAGGGUCAAGUGGAGGUGCAUAUUCCAGAGAAUGCUCCUGUGGGCACCUCUGUAAUUCAGCUCCAUGCCACUGAUGCAGAUAUAGGCAGUAAUGCUGAAAUCCGGUACAUUUUUGGUGCCCAGGUCGCCCCUGCAACCAAAAGGCUCUUUGCUUUAAAUAAUACUACUGGACUGAUUACAGUUCAGAGGUCCCUAGAUCGAGAGGAGACAGCCAUUCACAAAGUGACAGUGCUGGCUAGUGAUGGCAGCUCCACUCCUGCUCGAGCAACGGUUACCAUCAAUGUCACUGAUGUAAAUGAUAACCCUCCUAACAUAGACCUCAGGUACAUUAUAAGUCCCAUCAAUGGCACAGUGUAUUUAUCUGAGAAAGAUCCUGUCAAUACAAAGAUUGCCCUAAUUACAGUUUCAGAUAAGGACACAGAUGUGAAUGGCAAAGUGAUCUGUUUUAUUGAAAGAGAGGUCCCAUUUCAUUUGAAGGCAGUAUACGAUAACCAAUAUUUGUUAGAGACCUCCUCUUUGUUGGACUAUGAGGGCACCAAAGAAUUCAGCUUUAAAAUUGUUGCCUCUGAUUCUGGGAAACCCAGUUUAAAUCAGACUGCCCUGGUAAGGGUUAAGCUUGAGGAUGAAAAUGACAACCCACCAAUUUUCAACCAGCCUGUAAUUGAGCUGUCAGUUUCUGAAAACAACCGACGUGGGUUAUACUUAACAACUAUUAGUGCCACAGAUGAAGACAGUGGGAAAAAUGCGGACAUUGUUUAUCAGCUUGGACCGAAUGCCUCCUUCUUUGAUUUGGACCGAAAGACAGGAGUUUUGACAGCCUCCAGAGUCUUUGACAGAGAAGAACAGGAGCGGUUCAUUUUUACGGUAACUGCCAGGGACAAUGGAACCCCUCCCCUCCAAAGCCAAGCGGCCGUGAUAGUUACUGUUCUGGAUGAGAAUGACAAUAGCCCCAAGUUUACUCAUAAUCAUUUUCAAUUUUUUGUGUCUGAGAAUCUGCCAAAGUAUAGUACUGUGGGGGUAAUCACAGUGACAGAUGCAGAUGCUGGAGAGAAUAAAGCUGUGACUCUCUCCAUUCUAAAUGACAAUGAUAAUUUUGUGCUGGAUCCCUAUUCUGGAGUCAUAAAGUCAAAUGUCUCAUUUGAUAGAGAGCAGCAGAGUUCCUACACUUUUGAUGUCAAAGCCACUGAUGGAGGACAACCACCUCGUUCCUCCACUGCAAAAGUAACUAUCAAUGUCAUGGAUGUCAAUGACAAUAGCCCAGUUGUCAUUUCUCCACCUUCCAACACUUCUUUUAAGUUGGUACCCCUCUCAGCCAUUCCUGGCUCUGUGGUAGCAGAAGUUUUUGCAGUGGAUAUCGACACUGGGAUGAACGCCGAACUGAAGUAUACAAUUGUAAGUGGGAACAACAAAGGCUUGUUUCGGAUCGAUCCAGUAACAGGUAACAUCACUCUGGAAGAGAAGCCAGCACCUACUGAUGUGGGCUUGCACCGUUUGGUGGUCAAUAUAAGUGACCUGGGAUACCCUAAGUCUUUGCACACACUCGUGCUUGUUUUUCUUUACGUUAAUGACACCGCUGGGAAUGCCUCCUAUAUCUAUGACUUGAUUCGCAGGACUAUGGAGACCCCACUGGAUAGGAACAUAGGGGACAGUAGCCAACCCUAUCAAAAUGAGGACUAUCUCACCAUCAUGAUUGCCAUCGUCGCAGGGGCCAUGGUGGUCAUAGUGGUGAUCUUCGUCACCGUCCUGGUGCGAUGUCGCCAUGCAUCGAGGUUCAAAGCAGCUCAGAGGAGCAAGCAAGGUGCUGAGUGGAUGUCCCCAAACCAGGAGAACAAACAAAACAAGAAAAAGAAAAGGAAGAAAAGAAAGUCUCCCAAGAGCUCUCUUUUGAACUUUGUUACAAUUGAAGAGUCCAAACCUGACGAUGCAGUUCACGAACCUAUCAAUGGGACAAUAAGCCUGCCCGCUGAGCUGGAGGAGCAAAGUAUAGGAAGAUUUGACUGGGGCCCAGCCCCUCCAACAACCUUCAAGCCUAACAGCCCUGACCUGGCCAAGCACUACAAAUCUGCUUCUCCACAGCCUGCUUUUCAUCUUAAACCAGACACUCCGGUUUCUGUGAAAAAGCAUCAUGUGAUUCAGGAACUCCCUUUGGACAACACCUUUGUCGGGGGUUGUGACACCCUCUCCAAACGCUCUUCCACUAGUUCAGAUCACUUCAGUGCCUCAGAGUGCAGUUCCCAAGGAGGCUUCAAGACAAAGGGCCCCUUACACACCAGACAGUGUAACUCACACAGCAAAAGUGACAAUAUUCCUGUCACUCCUCAGAAAUGUCCCAGCUCUGCGGGUUUCCACAUUCAGGAGAAUGAAGAAAGCCAUUACGAGUCGCAGCGCCGCGUUACGUUUCACCUCCCCGACGGCUCCCAGGAAAGCUGCAGUGACAGUGGUCUAGGCGACCACGAGCCGGUGGGUAGUGGAACCCUGAUCUCACACCCUCUUCCUCUGGUUCAGCCACAGGACGAGUUCUACGACCAGGCCUCUCCGGACAAGAGGACUGAAGCAGAUGGCAACUCCGACCCCAACUCUGGGUUACCAGCUGGACACUGGAAUAAAACUCUGUUAAUGGACUUCCUGUUUCAAACAUAAAAGGAUGCAGAUAUUUUAACCUGCAACAAGCAUAAAGAAACAUAUUUUUAGAUAUCUGUUUGUGGUAUUGCAACUCUUUCUAAUAUGUUAAUAUUUUCUAAAAUAUAAGCUCUCUAGUAUUACAAAUUAUUUUUCUAUUAGCACAACAAACUUCCAGUGAAAUUCUCAUUAUAGAUAUACAACUCUCAGCUCCAUUUCUUAUAAAAAUUCUUUUCAAAGUAUCUUCUUUCUAAUGCAUAAUAUUCUUGGCUGGAGAAAGAAAAAGUCUUAUUAGGAAAAAGCAAAAUAAUAUCUUUCCUUGUGGAAGCUUUCUAACACUUAAAACUCAUAACUUCAUUUCCUCUGCCUCUAAGCUACACUAUGUAGAAGUCACUCCUAGUAAGUUAUAAUUAGACAUGUAGGAUAAUUCUAAUGAUGUCUUACAACUGAUGAAAUCAGUUUCAGCCCUGUCUACCACCUGAUUACCAUGGAAACCAUUGCUGGCCAACCAAGUAAUUCUGAUCAAAAGGAAUUAUUAUUAAUCCUCCUAGUAUAUGUUGGAUAGGGAUUUGCACAGCUUUUGUUAAAGUUUCUUGUGGAGGCUGAAAGGUCCAGUAAGGGUAAAUAUUAAUUCUUAAUGUGCUGGAGAGCAAGAAUGGCUUAGUCUCUAUGGGGCACAACUGGCUCUUGGUAAAUCAGAUAUUAACAGAUUAUAGGAUCAGCCUUGAACUACCCAGGGAUUAGAGAUAAACAGGUGAAUUUGUAGAGGAGGAAAAUAAUUUCUAAAGCUGGCUUAACCAAGUCAUUGCCUUGUCAAAUUGGAAUUUAAACAAGAAAGACAGAAUGAACAAGAAUUAGAAAUUUGUUAAAUAAAAAGGAUGCCUGGAUGGCUCAGUUGGUUAAGAAUUCUACUCUUGGUUUUGGCUCAGGUCUUGAUCUCAUGGUUCGUGAGUUUGAACCCCAUGUAGGGUUCUUUGCUGACAGUGUGGAGCCUGCUUGGGAUUCUCUCUGUCUCCCUACCUCUCAUCAAUCUCUCUCUCUCUCUCUCUCUCUCUCUCUCUCUCUCUCUUUCUCCCUCCCUCUGAAAAUAAAUAAAUUAAUUUUAAAAAAGAAAUUUGUUAAAUAAUAUUUAUGUAAGUCCCAAGAAAUUGAAUGAUAACACUCAACAGUUUUCUCCUUCUUUGCAUAAGUAAAUACAUGAGAUGAUGUGGAGGAUGAUGACUAAUGUCUGAUGAGAGGCAUAGUGUUGCAUAGGGAUCUUUUUUACGUAUCUACAUCAAAAUAUUUAUCAUGCUAUAUUGUGCACUUAAAAAUGGUUAAAAGAGUAGAUCUCAUGUUAGACAUUCUUAACUCAUUAAAAAUGCAGACCCAAAAUAAAAUAAAAUGUAAAAAUUGUGAAAUCAGACUUGACAUAAUAAAUACUGCCAAGAACUGAAAACAAGCUCUUAAUUAAAAGAAUCAUCACGCAAACUCAUGUCAUGUAAAGUUGUGACAAAACCAUAAGUAUUUCCCAAACUUUCAGUUUAUAUUCCAAGACUAAAAAAAAAAUACAUGAAAACCAGGAUUAUUAGUUAUGUUAGCAUUUUGUCACUAUUAAUCAUGAACAUUUUAAAACUCUUUUGUCUCGCUGGUUUUUUCGUAUUACAAUGAGUAUGUGGAAGUUCAAGAUUAAUAGCAAUGUGAAACUAAUUCAUUCAGACCAACUGAAACUUGUAACCUUGAAAAAAUGUCAUAGUUUUUACGAUUAUGUCAGAAUUAGAAAGAUAUACAUUCUUUGACCAAUUAAAAUCCAUUAUCAAUGAUGACUAAAAUUGUUUCAGCAUGUUGGCCAAGGAAUGAAUGAGUUUGUUUUGAAAUGCUCAAUAAGUAUGUGGUUUUGUCUUAAAUCCAUUUUUUGUGAAUGAUAAGAUAAAACCAAGCCAUUAUUUUCUGAACUGUUUCUUGGCCAUUCUUACCUUGAAUGUUACUUUAUAUAUUUCUUGUCUGUUUUAGUUUUCUGGCGUGUGUAGUUAGCCCCUGUUUUGCUCUUGUGUUGGCAUUCAGAAGGAGUCAGAGGGUUGAACUGGCACUUGGGCCAUGCAUUUUUGGCGUGCCCUGAUUAAACAUGUUAAUUUCUGCAGCUGUGUACACUGAAAAAGGAAAUAUCAUGUGGAUGUGCCUGGAAUUAGGAGCUACCAUUUACACCCUUUGCUAACUUAAUAAAGUUAAUCGUGAAGGUAAAUUAUGUCUAUUUAAUAUGGAUUUUUUGGUCAACAGUUAAUUCUCAAAAAUCUGAAAAUAAAUAAUGUUAUGGUGAGCAGAGGUGCCACUAUGGGAGUCCAAACAAUUUCAAAAUUGAAUUAAUCAUUAUCACUAAACUAAUAUUUUAUACUAAUAAUACCUUUAAAGCUCAUGACAAAAUGAUUUAGAUCAGAUAAAAUUAAUGAGCAACAAUCUAAAGAAUUUAUUCUUUUAGGCAAUUCCAUUCGAGUAGUUCUCAUUAGUCUGAAAUCUAGAAUUUACAUAUUUGAAUAAUUAAAGUAUUUUAUAUAUUUCAUAAGCUGUCCCAUCCUUCAAGAGAUCAUCCAUUUCUUUGUUAUCCUAGAUUUAUUUCAUUACAUCCUUUUUCCAUGAAAAGAAUGCUGGUCCAUGACCUAAUGAACAAGAAGGAGAAAUCUUUUUGGACAUUUCUCCAACUAAUUAAUUAAAGAGCUGAUUUAACAGUAAUCUUUGUCUAGAAACCUCUGUGGUUUUAUGUAAGAGGAGGAACAUAUAUCCUCUCUUUGAAAGACUAGAGUAUGCUGUUUUAUCCCCACUUUUUUCCCAUUUUUCUUAAGAGUGCAUCUAUAUACUUUGGGUAUUGUCCAGGGACCUUGGUGGUGAUCUCUAACAUUUUAGGUAUAUACUUUCUCGGGCAGCCAUUGAAAGGUACUCACAGGAGAGUCAAAGCCAAUUGCUGUCGGUAACAGCCAGUUUUGAUACAGUCAUGCUUCGUCACUAGAUAAGAAAGUUUCUAGAAGUAGGAGGUAGAAUCCUGCCCCAUACCUUUAUGUGGUUGGAAAACAUAACAGGUAGAUUUAUGGUGUAGAUACAAUCAGAUACAUUUGUCUAGCAUUAAGUUUAGAUUAAGGACCCAACUGGUUUAUUCUACUGGAGUAAUGUUUUCAAAUUUGCUAUUUGCAUACGUAACCUGGCAGCUAGGUGUAAUCUAAGGAUAUAUAAAGAAAUGGUUUUAAGAUUUAUAAUGUAAAAACCUAGAAACCUGUAGAGUAGAAAAGAAAUGUAGUACUGAGAAGUCAUAAAACAUGCACUGCUUCUACCCAGUUUUUUUUUAAAGAUACUUUUAGUGUUUUUCAUUAUUCACUAAUGAUUAUUCUUUUCCUCUUUUAAUUCAUUAAAAUAAAAACCCUAAUGAGUUUAGUGAAAAUAUAAAGUAAUAAAAUAUAAAAGAACUGGCUUAAUGUGGUUUUUGUUCUGAAGAUCAUUUUUAUAAAGAUAGUUUAUUGGCUUUGGAAACUCUGUCCUUGCAUUUAUGAAUUUCAAAACAAACCCCUGAAGUUAAAACACUCUAUGCCUGUAUAUAUUUUUUGAAAUAUCUUUUAAUAAUUAUUUAAGAGAAACCAAUUCUGUUAGAGUGGAAGAAUUUAUUUAAAACGUAUCUUGCUUUGCAAAGUACAUGCUAAAAUUAAACAAUUUUUGCUUCAAUGUAUUUUUAGGUGGUUGUCCUAAUAAUUUACUGCCCCUCUUUACAACACAAAAAUAUUAAAAUAGACAAAAAACUCACCCCGGUCUCUUAAAUUUUCAUUGCUUUGAGAAUACAAAAUUUGUCUUCAGCUCUGGUGGAUACUUGUGAAAACAUUGGCAAUAUUCAGAUUUGUUAAUGCAGCUUGUCUGCCCGUACCCAUACAGGAAGUACUCCAUUCGCCAGAGAUCGUACAAAUAACACACUUCACUUGCUGGUGAAGUCACAUCCAAAGAGUGGUUUUAAUGUUCUAGAGAUGUAAAUGGAGUGUAUGGUAGAAUGGCAAUAAAAAAGCAAUUUCAUUUAGGAAAACUCAUUUCUUAGUGUAUAUCCUGCAAAGGGAUAUUGUUUGAUUAAAAUAAAAGACAUUAAAAUUCAAUAAAGACAGGAUGAUCAUGGCUGAAGAAAGUUGAGUCAUUUUAAAGUUAAUUAUGCUUGCAGUUGAUCUUGUGGCUGUGUGGCUGAUAUAUGUGAUGUAAAUCUGUAUGUUUCCUUGAAAUCAUAUCAUAUCUCUAUGUUGGAUGCAUGGAGGAACAUGCUGGCAAAGAAGAAAAUUUUUUUAAAGGGACAGAAAAUAAGAAUAAGAACAUGAGAGGUUCUUUACAAGAAGAGGUUUGAAAAUAAUGUUCUGUUAGAUACAUUUGUCACACAUUUUCCUUAAUGAAAGAAGAAACGCAAAAGAGCUUAUUACCAAGGAUGUAGAAGACCUGGUCUAUUUGAGUCCCACUCCAUCCAUUUGUUACCUAUGUGCCUUCAGACUUGACUUCACGGCAUUCUGAAUUUAUUUUCUCAUCUAUAAAUUGGAGCUGAUGGUGUCUGUUCUACAUAUAUCAUACUGCAAAGAACAAAAGAGCUUUAUAUACAUUGUGAAAUUAACCUAUUUCAAAAUAUCUUUUAUUAGUCUAUAGUAUUUAUAAAUGUAAUAUUCGUUACAGAAAUUGAUUUAACUCUUGAAGUCUCCGCCAAAAUCUAACAAUUAUUUCUAGACAUCGAACACAAGUUGAUAAUAAAUUAAGCAAUGCCCUAAUUUCUUUUAGCAGUGGUUUGGGCAGUUUCUCCUAUAAAUCAAAGUAGCAAGUGACAUCAGCAUUGGUAUAUAUGCCUCUUGGGUCAAAAACCAUAAAUGCACAAGGGAAAUUCUGAGACAUUCUUUUAUGACAAACAUGCAAGAUCUCCUGAUACAGUCAUUACUGCAUUGGCUGAAGUUGGCCUGCUUGUAGCACAUGAAGGUAUACAUAUAUACCAACUGUUGGUGGAAUAACUCACAUUACGUGGAGAGAAAUUCAUUCAGUGUAAAGAACUAUUCAUCAGUUAUGCCAUACGUUUAAGAAUCCUUACUGCUUUUUUUCUUUUUUACCUCAAUGGGACUAGGCAUUUUAUCUUGUGUGAUAUUUGUUUACCUCAAGGUAAACUUUAACACUCAACAAAUGUAUACUUGAGAAAUUAAGGAGAAAAUAUAAACUUACGUAUAGACUAUAAUGGGUUGUAGAGUUGGAUUUGAAAAUAAAUUCUUCUAACCCUUUAUUAACUCCCUUAACAUAGUAGAGCUGUGAUAGCUAUUUGGUGGCACGAAACCAAUUUGAACCUCAUGAAAGCCAUGGACGACUUCAACGGAUUUGGUGAGAAACUAAAAGGGAUGUGUAUACAAAAUUUUGUAUAAAUUAUAAUAGGCCCUGAGCCCUUCCUCUAUGAAUGAAAUCGUGUGGAACAAUAAGCUCUUAUUUUAAAGACUAAACCCUAACUAGAAUCUCUCAAUUUAAAAAAAAACAACAACAACAAAAACAAUAACAGCUGUGGCAGCCACUGUUUAUUGACUGAUGACUGCAUGAGAAGCAGCAUACCUUACAUGUAUUUAUAUUUUAAUGAGCUAAACAAAGAUACUAUUAUAUUACUAACCACAUUUCAUAAAUGAGAUAAGUGAUAUCUAUACACAUUAAAUUUCAUCCCAAGUUCACGCAGAUAAGAAAUAACUAUUUCAGAUAAAACUCAGGUACACUAUGGGAAAUGAAUUAAAGCAGUUCCUGUUUUGAAGACACGAUGUUGGGCCAGGAAUGAAAAAUAGGGAUGUUCCUAAGGAGAAUGGCAAUGCCACACUGAAAAUCUAAGAACGAAUGAGUGUUUAAUCUUAUGCUGAGUCACAACGUUUGUACAGAAUUUUCUGUAUAAAUGUUUCUCCUUGAUCUUGGGUUUCAAACAGACCCGCUUACUUUUGUUUAGGAUCAGACUGUCCAGAUUAUAAACAUGAUGGGGUAUAUUGAACCAAAUGUUUCAGUAUUGGGCAGAACUAUCCUUCCUCAUCCUCCUUGACUAUUCUUAGCUACCUUUCUUACUGAAUUGGUUUCAGUGCUAGUAUUUUAGGACAUGCUUGCUGUUUUGAUAACCCCAAAUCUUAAUGACUAAACACAAUACCAUUUAUUUAUUCUUAUAUCACUGUUCAGAGUGAGUCUGAGAUGAGGUUUUUUUGUUGUUACACAAUUGGCUAGGUCUUAGACUCCUCUCUCAAUCCUUUAACUCUUUUAGACAAGUAGAGAGAUAUGGAAGAGGUUCAUGUGGCAUUUUAUGGGUUGGGACUGCAGAUGAUGAAUAACAAUGCACACAUUGCAUUGGUCAGAUCAGUCACAUAUCUGCUAUCCACCAACAGUAAAGAAUGGGAAAGUUUUCUUAAUGAAUGCCCGGAGGAAAAAAAAAUAGUUUUGUAAAUAAUUAACCAGACUUCCAUUUUGUCCUAGCAUGGUUUCCUGAUUGAAAUAAGCUAUCAACAAUUAUUUAGCAUGCCUUCCCUUACUAGUGCCUAAAUAAAUAGGAUACAUGGUGGGAAUGCCCAGUUCAGAUAAAAUAAUUUGCUUCUGAUGUCAAAGUGUGGCCAGGAUGCUCUUUUUUUUUUUUGUAAUAAAUAAACUUUUUGUUAAAGUAUAAUAUAGUCAAAUAAAAAUACAUAGAAGUGUACUUGCACAAACUGAAAACAACCACAUAAACAGUGCCCAGAUCAAGAAACAGAACAUAACCUCCAUCCAGAAUUUCUUUUAGGGGUCCCUUCCAAUUCCCUUUUAGUACAUGUCUUGUGGUGAACAUACAUGUGGAAUUAUUUUAGGUAUAUACCUAGGAAUGGAAUUACGGGGCAUAAGACAUGUUUUAUUAUUAUUAUUAUUAUUAUUAUUAUUAUUGUUUGUUUGUUUUUCAGCUUUAGCACAUACUGCCAAACCAAGCAGCAUUCCAAAUUUGUUAAUGCCAAUUUACAUUCCCACCUACAAUGCAUAAGACUUCUGGGUGUGCUACAUGCUCUCCUCCUUGGUAUUUUAUGUCUUCUUCAUUUUGGCCAUUCUAUUGGCAUAUAAACUAUUUCACUGUUAUUUUAUUCAUAUGUCCUCAAUGGCUAAUGUUAGUAAGCAUCUUUUUCAGUCACAAAGUGUUCUGAUUUAUGGGAUGGGAAUCCCACUCCUAAAUGUUAUUUGUUUCUGUUUAAUUUCAAAUUAUGUCUUGAAAAUUGAGAAGGUGCCAUUGUGUUUUCUCUCCCUUGUUUUUAACAAGAUCAGAAUGCAGGAACUAUCCACAGGGUGAGAUCUGCAUCCUAGAUUGUAGUUUUCUCAUCAUGGAGGAAAGUGGUAACAGGGGACCUGGUAUGUUUGAUCAUAAUUCCUUUACUGCACACCAAAGAGAAUCACCUAUAGUCUAUUCUCACCUGAACUUGGAAGGAAAAUGUUUUAUUAUGACUGUUUUGCCAUUCCUAAAAUUUUUAGCUUCUGAAAACAAUGUUCAUUUGAAGAAAUCAGUAAGAAAAAUCUAACACACCAUUGAAUGGAAAUUGCUUAUAAGCUUUCUCUCUUAUAAUUUUUCUUUCACUUCAAAAGAGAUUACAAUCAUAUGUUAUAUAUGAGUUUAAGCAAUUUAAAGGUAUGGAACUUAGGCCUGUACUAUCUUUAUAUCAAGAAUUAUAACAGUUUAAUUGAAAUUAAGGCACAGUUUAGGUUUCCAUACUCAACUCGAUAUGAAGGAAUGACCUCAGAGGUGAAGUUAGUAUACCAUGCUGUGUUCAGAAACAGAGUUCAGGAUGUAGAUGUUGAAUUGAACAAUCCAGAAGCAAAUCUGGGAGGCCUAGAAUUAUUUUUGGAACCAAAAAUGGAUAAAACCUCUAACGGUCUCCAACACUACCGAGAUUAUGAUGACUAUCCCCAUAUGUAAUUUAAAUUAAAAUAACACUGAGCCAUAAAACAAAUAUAAGAAAUUUAGCAAAAUGAGGUUUAUUAUUAUGGUUACCAGGCAAUGAUUUUUUGUGUCCCAAAUUACUUUGAAAAAUAAUGCUGUUGCUUUUCUGACAGUCCUAAUACUGUCAAAUCUGUAAGCUAUUAGAAUGAAGAGUGAAUCUCUGGUAUCCAGGGUCCCACGAUAAUACUAAAGAGAGCACUAGAGAAAACCAUCUUCUGGCUUCAGACAUUGGUUCCAUUAGGAUCUUCCAGUGUGCCUCUGCCUUCAAUCAUGGGCUCCUAAUACAGGAUUUCUCUUCUUAGCUAUUCAGCUUUUUGUGAAUAUCUGUGAAUGAUUAAAACAGAAACAUCUUGUAGUUCAUCCAUUAUUCUCAGGCAAUAUAUAAUCUCUCUAGUCUCUGCUUUGUCUUAAUGAAUUCAAUUUUAAUGAAUAUUAUGUGAAAGUACUUUGCUGUAUAUAACAUUAAAGCCUUAACGUGUGAGUGAACAUGAAAUGGGUUAAUCUUCGUAAAGUUAUUAAUACAUCUUAAAGUAUUAUCACCACUUUAACAUAUUAGUGAUUUCCCUACUCUGACUUGGCUCAUGUGAUAAGAAAGCAAUUAGAAUAUUACCAAUACAAAUAUUAUGAUAAGAGUUUUAUAUUGAAUUACCAGCUUUGAUAAAACCCUGGUAGUUUCCAUUUAAUAACUGAUUUAUAUGCUGUAGAUAAUGUACUAAUAUCCACUAUGGACAUGAUAUUUAGGUAAUCAUAUAUCCUGUUUUUCUUUUUCCAAAUGUAUCUCCACUUAAAAGGAACUGGUUAUAGACAGAGCUCCUUUGUCAAAAGCACAAUAAUUUAUAGUUUUACUUAAUUCUCCACUCACAAAUAAUGAUUAAUUUUACCAGUUACUUUCCUAAACUUAUUUGCUAUUACCCCCCAACACAUCCUGCAACACAACUUAUUUUUAAACAAUGAUCAGUCUUCCCAGCCCAUAUAAUGAAUUCCUUUGCACUUUUGUCAUCUUCCUAGAAUGACCUUCUUGACUUGUGAUUUCCACAUUCCCGAUUUCUCCUUUCAGUCUUAAAUCAAACCUCACUUUCAAUGUAGCCUAUACUGAUUUCUAGGCAGUCAGACAUUUCCUUCUUUGGACUCUCCUAGCACAUUUUUUUUUUCCAUGCUCCAUUGUAGCAUGUUUGCAUUACUAUUGAAUUAUUUUUAUAGGUCAGUCUCCUUCUUAUAGACUAAGAAUAUGAUUCAUAGACUCCUACUAUUAUGGCUGGCAUAUCAUGGAAAUAUUCGUAAAUGUUUUUAUGAAUGAAUGACUGUGUUACAGUUUAGCUUUAGAAAAUAGCUUACAAAUGAAGUUAAAAUGUUUGAGGGGCACCUGGAUUACUCAGUCAGUUGAGUGUGAGACUUUUGAUUUUGGCUCAGGUCGUGAUCCCAGGGUCAUUGGAUUGAGCCCUGGGUCGGGUUUUAUGCUGAGCACGGAGCCUGCUUGAGAUUCUCAUUCCCUCUCUCUCUCUCUCUCUUUCUUUCUCCCCCCGACCCCUCUUGCCUACUCACAUUCUCUCUCUAAAAUAAAAUGAAAUUUAAAAUAAAACAUUUGACCAUUAUUUUCAUUUUAUAUCAAUGCCACUUUAAAACGUAUAUAUAUUCUAAAUUCAUGGAAUUUUUAAAAAAUGAUGGCAGUUUUUACUACUAUAUUUCAAUUUUCUUGGCUUUCUUCAUACUUUUAUCUAGUUGACAAGCAUUGAUCACCAUUAUGUGCUACACACUGAAUUCUACUAAUGAUGCAACAGUGAACAAAACUGAGAAAUUUUCCACUUUAAUGUACCUUGCUUUAGAGUCAGGGAAAAAGGAACACAAAAAAAUGAAUAUGUGACAUAUGAUGUCAACCCAAGAAAUGCACAGCUGCUUUGAUUAAGUUUAAAGGACAAUUCAUUUGAACUUACCUUCUAAACACUGAAAUUCGACUGAGAAUACGAACAAAAAUUAUCUGAUACAUUGUGUUUUCUAUGUAAAAUCCAGAAUGCUUAUACCUGAUAAAAUGCCCUGGAUAUUUGUCAGUUUAAAGAGAAUUGGGGAGAUUCAUGUGAAGAUCUUGUCGGAAAAAUGAAUCAGUAUCACAUAGAUAAAGUUGCCUUCAUUAUAGAUUUGAUCCAAUUCUUGAAAUUUUCAACCAUUUUCACAGACUAUCUUGAUAAUUUUGUAUUUUAUAUAUUUCUAUUGUCCAUAUACAUUUUAAAUUAGAGUAACAUUGGAUCCAACUCUAUCAACACUACUGUAUUUAGCCCUUAGGUCUAAAAAAUUAAUUGUUGCCUCUUGACCAUAGAUAAUAUCUAUCUGAUCAUGCUGUUGGUUUCAAGCAAGAUUAUCCAAACAAGAGGUCAGUUAACAUGAUUGAAAUAAAGAUCCAAUUGUGAAAGUCUAAUCAACACUCUUUCUUCAGUUUUUACUAGGACAAAUGCUUAUUUGACUAGCUCUGCAACUUAAUAUUACAUCUACAAAAGAGAGCCUUCUAAUUUAAGAGUAUAUAAAAACAAGAAAAUAUAUUUUACCUAACUUAAAUGUGGGCAAAUUUGAAUGGAACCAAGGUUUGAAUGAUAUUUUUAAUACCUAGCAUAUUAAUACAUGAAGUGUGAUAUUUUGUAUUGGAUAAUAAGCAUUAUAACAUUACAACUGAUUAUAGCUCAGGGUCUCAACUCCUACAAACCAAUUAAGAGAUACACUUUAAUAUGAAUACAUACAUGUGUUUAAAUGUAUGUCAAGAAAAAAAUUUGUUUCCGUAGCAUGUGAGUUGUUCAUAUUAGCACAUAGGCAUUAUUCUCUGGUCUCUAGAUCUGUUUAUGAAAUAGAUAAAUAGCUUGAAAAAUAAGUUUCUCAUUAAUUUUCAAUUACGUGUUAAUUACGGUAAUUUUUACGAGAGCAUUUUUGUAUGUUAAGUUAGAUUUAAAAAUCUGAUGAAAGUGAGGGAAGAUUAAUUGCUUAGUAAUCAUAAAUACAAAAAUGUGAAAACUCCAAAGGCACUAAAAUUAAACUAAUAGUUAACGUUUAUUCUUUUAAUUAACAUUUGGCAAACUUGCUAUUGCAAGUUAGUGUGAUAUAAUUUAGUUGAUGAAAAUUAUAAUUGACAUUUAAUAAGUGUGUUGAUUAAAAUAUAUGUUGUUUUGUCUUCCAUUUCAAAUGACAAUUACCUGCUUAAGCAUCCCUUUCAUUUCACAGAUUAAUAAGAACAAUAGAAUUUUAAUAUUCUUCUGGCCCCAGGACUGUUAUUUAUAUGAUUUAUCCUGCAUAGGAUUUUCCCAGUACAGAAUUUACUACCUUGUAGUAAAUUAGACAUCUUCCUAAGGGCAUUGAGCCGUAUUUUCCUGGUGUGCACAAUCUAUGCCCUGGGAGUAAUUGAGGCACAUUGGGAGCUGUGUGAACUCGUACGGACCAGUGGGGUGCUAUUUAGUAAAUAACUACUUAGACUAGAUGGUAGUCACCAUUUCUUCCUCAUUCUGAAGCUAUCAUUUUUAUUUUCCAAGCACUAGCUACAAUUCUGCCUCCUUGCUUUCUCAUGUCUUCCGUCCCACGUUCACCUGUGAUAGGAACAUGUAGUGGGCCACAGAGCGCUAAUACUGAGAGGGUCCUGACAACUGAGAAGGGCGGGACACAGAGUAGGAAUUUCUCUUCUAUCUUUUCAUCUCCUCCAACCAUCUUUUCCUCUUCUUUGCUUUCUGUAAGGAUUGAUGAAAAAUAAGUUUUCCCACCACAUUCAUUAGUCUUUUCCUUUGUAGUCUGCGUUUUUCUUCCUGCUGCAUCCUAGUACUUAAAGAGAUCUCUGUCCAACUUACCUUUCAGGACAAGACAUUAAUUCAUCUAAUUUUACUAAAUAUUGCAUAUUUUAAAAUUCUAAACAAUAGCUUUCAUGAAAAGGGAUUUUAUUUAAGAACAUCAACCGUAUUUUUAUAGUUAGAGUAAAAACUCUGAAGAAUUGACUACUAUUGCUUUGAAAGUUUUCAUUCUCUACUUGCCUCAGGUAAAUUAACUCAAAUCUCAGGUAUAAUGUUGUCAUAAAUUCCCAGAGGCAGCUCUAAGCAACCUUCUCAUCUCAUUUUCUAUCGGCCUGUUGGAUUUUCAUGAUACAUUGGGCAUAUUAGACGUGGCAAUGCCAUAAUAUUCCAUUUGAUUCAAAACUUCUCUGUAGCUAAGGUUUACCUAAAUAUAAACAUUUGGCUAAUAAAUAUUAUCUCCUUUAUUUUCUAAUAUUUUCUUGAACUCAAACUUUUCUUGAACUUACUUACUUACAAGUAAGUAAAAAGAAUUUGCUUAAAUAAAACAUGUUUCCCUAUAUAUAAAAAAAUUUCACACAGAAGAAAACUAUACCAUUAAUAUCUUUGAAAAUACAACCAACAGAAAAAAAUCUUGCCAUUUGAAGCAUAUUCCUCGAAACUAUUUAGAAUUACUAAAUUGAAUGUAACAAAGAAGUAUUGUUAAUCAUCAAAACCAACAUUUUUAGAAAUCUGCCCAUUGACCAAAUUGGCUUAUCAUUUCACUGGUCUUGUUUCUGUAGUCUGUGAAAGCAUAGAAAGGAGCAUGAUGAAACACAAACCCUAAUAAAUCUCAGAAGUCAUUACAAUGCUAUUGCCCAUGUUUUUGCAAGGUUUUCUUUUUAAAGUCUCUCUGCAUAUCACUGGUGCUUUUUAAGAAAUCACUUAAUGUGUUUGUAGGUAUCUUGGUUUCAAAUAUAGUACAUUGAAAUGAAAUAUGUUCUACUUAUUUAGUAGAAUUAGUUCUACUAAUUAAAGUAAAAUUUAGUUCUACUUUAAAUUUGCUAAAGAUUUUAGUCGGCAUGUAUUGUUAAACCAUUGUAUGUUCAUGUUAUACAGGAGAAAACUAAUACUUGAUUAGUAACGUAGUAAGAGCCUUAAGAAGAUCUAUUAAUAUUAGAUAUGCUGCAUGUCCUUUUUGGACUUACAAUUCUAACAAACUAUAUCAUUGAUAAAUAGACAUAAACACUGAACAGUUUGAAUAGGACCAAGCAACAUAGUGGAAUAAAAACAGAUUUCUUUGAGUUUUGGUUUCUUCUCUACCAUUUGCUAGCUUUGUUAUCUUGAUCAAUCUGUUUAGCCUGUUUGUAUUUUAGUUGCCUUUUUAUAAAAUGUAAAUAUUAAUACUUAUAGCAUUGAUAUGCUAAUUAAAUUAGCAUAUAGAGAGUACUUUGUAUUGUUCCUUACACAUAGAAGAUGCUGAAUACAUUUUAAAUCGUCUUGUUAUGAGUCAAAAAAAAGCCUCAAAUUUUUCUUCUUUGAAUAAGAAUGUGUAGUAAUAAGAAUUUAUGCACAAUUAUAGACGCAGAUUUGAGCUGAAUAAAAAAUUAUUCUGGGGCAUUUUGGUAGCUCAGUCGGUUGAGUCUCUGACUCUUGGUUUCAGCUCAGGUCAUGAUCUCGAGUUCCAUGAGUUUGAGCCCUAUGUUGGGCUCUGUGCUGGCAGUGUGGAGCCUGCUUGGGAUUCUCUCUCUCCCCCUCUCUCUAUACCCCUCCCCUACUCAUGCUGUCUUGUUUCUCUCAAAUGGAUAAAUAAACCUAUAAAACUUAUUCUUCUCCUUUCCUCAGACCGACCUACAUACACUAUCACCACAUUUCUUCAGAAGGCGUAAUGGGUAAGAUGUACAGAUAUUGCAGUUUUAUUUAAACAAAGUGUUCAAACUGACAUUAUUCAAGUAUGCCUUAUUGCUAAACUGUAGACUUGGAAAUUUAUUUGUGAAUUUGUGAAUUGCUGCAUCCAGUCUCCUUAUGACUUGGGAAUUAACAGUUCAAAUUUCUCCCGAACUUUGAGAGGAGGUUUUUUUUUUUUAUGCCUACACCCCAGAACUUUUGUGCCUGUGUCUCACCACUUUGAGUCAGUCUAAAACUGUAAUACUUACCACAUCAUAUUUUAAAUGACUGUUUACACGUAUAGCUCCCUCCAGUUCAUUUAGCAACAUUCCAAGACUCUGCUAUGUGUCGGUGAUAAAAUGAAUCAAAAAUGUUUAUUGUUAUCCCAGAGGCAAUAGCAGGGCAAGGAAUCAGAGAGAAACCCUUGAUGGCAGGACCCUGUCACCAUGUUGUUGUUGCCUGGCUACUAACACAGGGCCAAUGUCUUUUCCUGUACAUGUACAUGUUUGCUGAAUGAAUGAAUGAAUAUACUGUUACUCCCUCACUGGAAGAAUUUAACAUCUUUAAAAAUGCAUACUCCACUGUCCCUUGAAGAGAACACUAUGCAGAGCCAAGAUUUGCAGCUGGGAGGAAAAUAGAGGACUAGUUUCACUCUUUCUUACUCUACUUUUAGCUUAGCCUAUUCUUAUUCUGACCCAAAUUUAUUUUAUUUAUUGAUGUCGAAAUAUGCCCUGAUACUAUGAUCCCAUUUUUUUUUAAAAAAAGUACAAGUUUGUCUGUCGUUAAUAUAGGUGAAUAUAAACCAGAAUACUUACAGUACCUGUCAUUGUGUGGUUGAAUUAAGAAUAAUCUUUAUUUCUCUAAAUGUUUAUAGUAAACAUGUAUUACUUUUAGAAGUAGGAAAAAAUAAGCUAUUUUUGAAACGGAGAAGUAACUCGGACUAGAAAUAGAAUGUAUAAUGGCCAACGGGUCUGGAUUUGUGCCCAUCUACAUACACAAGUACAGUUUCUAGGAAUGUUAUUUAUCCUCUGAGGCACACUUACCUCAUGGUGAGGAGGAUGAGUCGAUGAAGGUACAUUUGAUUUGCCUCACUGGUAUUUGCAUUCCUCUGAAUAAGCCCUGUAAUGCUAAGGAUGAUCUGGAUUCUAACAUGCUAACUUCACGAUCUGUGCUAGUACCUUUAACAAAAUGUCCUUGACUAUCAACAGCAAUCAUUGCUGUGAGCUUGUCUGCUAGUGAUUCAAACCAGUUGACCUCAGUCUUAAGAACUUUAAAAAUAACCAGCAAAAGUUUUUUUUUUUCCCCCUUCUCUUUAGCUACAGGCCAUUGUUCUGUGUCCUUAUAUCUUUUGACAUAUGAAUGAUGUCCUUCCCUUAGUCACACGGUUACCUUGAAGAUAUUUAUAGACCAAGUUCAGAUCCCUCUGAGGGAGCUCUUCAGUUUGCACUCUUCAGGCUCCAUGUUUUGUAUUCUCCAAACCUCCUUUGUAACAUAUUUAUUCUGGCAAAAAUGUUCUGUAUUAAAAAAAUUUGGGGGGGUCUAUUUUUCUUACCUACUGUGGGUGCAAAACAAAAAAAAAAAACAAAAAAAAAGAGAAAAAGGAAAUGAAAAAACAAAAAUCAAGUCACACCAGGAGAUUUUUUUGUGGUUCACAUAGUCAUCAUUGCGUAUUACAUAAUUUCUCCCACCCCCACUCCUAUUUGUACUGCUGCUUCUUCAGGAAAUGACAUUGGCUUGUUUCUCCCCAUGCACCGAAUUCUUUUGUGUACAUUCUUAUUAAUCCCUUUUGCUUUCCUCAGAUGUGUCAUUUUUUAAAUGCUUUAUUUAUCUAUGGUCUGAGUGUAAUCUUAUAUUUUGCUAAAUUGCAGUCGUAUCAGAAUAAAUUUUACUGUAUAAACAUUUUGCCACAAAGCAAAUAGGACACAGUGUGCAUUCUUUCUUAUUUCAGGUCACCAUUGUAAAACUGCGUGUGCUAGAACUAAUUUAAUCAUAUGCAUGCUACAAUAAAACUAAAGUUCUCUUCCCUCUCUUCUUUAUUUUAGAUCCGAUUGUACACAAUGAAAAUGUGGCUAUGAAUCCACCAAAUGUUUACUUAUUUUUAUGUAUAGAUUUAUUUUUCACAAAUUUAACUUUCUUUAAAUGUUGAGGCAUAUCUUAAAAAGAUUGAUAUGUUAAUUGCUGUCAGGUCUGAGCUAAUACUCCAUUUUUAUUGACUUGAAAUGAUUGGUAAGACAAGAGCUGAAUUUAAUAAUACAAUUGAUGAAAAGGAAGAAAGACUAUCUGGGAAUGAUAUAAGCCCAUUAACCCUAGAUAUCUCGUACAUACAUUCAGUCACUCAGCAUCUAUCCAGUUGAUAUAUAUAAAUAUAAAUUUCAAUCUUUAUCAUAACUCUAUAGUAGUAAAUUUUUUUUCUCUACUUGGCUGAGGAGGCAGCUGAGGAUAAAAAGAUUAACUUUCCUGAAAUGUGUAUUAGCACUCUACUGUCUUUUACAUUUCACUACAUUUGCAGACUAAUGUUUGUCAAUAAAAAGAUGACACAGUUCCAAGGUCUGUCCUGAGGGAGUUCAGAGUGCUACAGUUUUACAUCCAUUCUGUAUAGUCCCUUGCCAAGACCUUGAUCUAGUUUCAUGGGGCUAUAAGUCAAGCUUAAAGUAAAAAGUUUAGCAAUUUUUGUAUAAAGGUUGUGCAAGGACAUGUAUUGUUCCUUAUGACCUUUGUUAAUAUUUCUAAUAUGGUUAUUAUUAAUUUAAGAUAAAAUUUUCUGACAUUUAUAGAUUCACUGAUUGUGAUUUUUCUGUAUCUUUUAUGCAUUGGGUUAUACAGAAUGAAAUCAGAUAUUUAAAAAAGAUUGUAGACAAACAUGAUCCACCGUCUAAUAUGGAGAUUCAUAUACAAAACUUCCACUGAACUUUUUCAAAAUAUCAGCAAAAAUGGGAUAGCUAAAAUGCUACUACUUAUAGCCAAAUAAUGUUUUGAAUACAAAUAUUUUUACAAUAAAGAAGAGAGAAAAUUAUCAAGCUUUAGCUUUCAAGUUUACUUAAUAAUGUUUGAUUACCUCAAAAUAUAUAAUGCUAGUUCUCCAGUUGUAUUCUUUAUAUGUAUUGCCAUUUUUACUGAGCUUGGCUCAUUUUCUUUCAUCAUCAUCAAAAAAACACAUUUACUGAGGGUGAUCCCCCUUGGUGAUGACUGAGCUUACCAUGAAAAACACCUGUGAAGUAGAAUACUCGAUGCCAAAGUCUCCCAAACUUGGUUGAUGGGCUUCUUUAUAGGUUCAUUCAAUCCUCAAUGAACCACACUUAAAAAAAAAAAAAAGUGGCUAGGAAAGGUAUAUUUUACAUUCUCAAAAUUUUUAAUAGAUAAAGGAAGCCAUUCUGUGAGGAUGCAACUCAAAUGGAAAUGGGGCAGUUACCCAGAUUUUAUUCCUGGGCUCCUGACUUCCAAUUUACAACUAUGACAAGAACAAACUUUCCUAUCUGGAAUUCAUGCAAAACAUGAAUCUAUGUAAACCAGUGAGCUGCUAGUUUCCCACACAUGAGAUUAGAUGGAUUUGAAAAGACAUUCAUUUGUAGACAAAUAAAAGAGAUAUAAUAGCAAACAAGUCAAGUAACUAAACAAGCUUCAUUUUGCCAAUGAACGUGCAGGCAAGAGGUACUAUAGAUAAUCAAGGAUUAUGCAUUAGGACUUAACUGUUACGAUAGUGAUAUAGCUUUGUAUUCAGAAGUAUUUACCAUCUAUAUUAAACAAUUAUUUUUCACAGAUUCAUGGCAUACAUUAGUAAUUUAGAAAAUUAGUACCUUUACAAGUGGUGUUUUUUUUCUAUUUACGUAAAAAAACCAUUUUGUUAAUCUUUUCAAAGCAACAGUGUCCAAUUUUCUGAUGUUGGCAUUGUCACUGAAACCUGUUCCCUUUUUCAUUUUUCCAUAUGUUUGUUUGCCAUAAAAAUGACAGCACACAGCUCACUGACUUCAAAUUAAAUAUAUAAUAUCAGAAUUUAUACAAUAGAUAAACUAGACAGUAAUCAUGCUAUGUAAGAUUCUGUGAUAAAAUGCUCUAAUUAUAAAUCAUGUUAAAGAAUUGUUUUUAAUGUGGAACUCCACUGGUACAUUUAGUUUCCACAUAUUUACUCUUAAAAAUAACAAUGAUAAUAAUAGUAAUAAUAAUAAUAAUAAUGAAUAGUGAUUUCAGUGAGUGACUUUUCAACCUUACAUGGUGUAAUUUUCCCCAUGUUUACGAACAGUAUCAACGUAAACCUAAAUUUGUACUGUUCAAAGGUCAAGCGGUAAUCUGGGAAAUACAAUAUAUUAAAAUAGAUGCUUGAAUAAAUUAAAGGACUAUUUAAAUAUUAACCACUUCAGUGGAGGUAUUCUCUCUAGAUGUGCUUUAAGUUCAGAGAAUAUACUUAUGGCUCAUAUAUUCUACUGAAUAUCUAUGGUUGAAAAAAGAUAAAUAGAACUAUGCUGUUUACUAUUCUCCUCAACUGCAUUAACAUGCAGAACCCCAAUUCUCUGCUUCUGGCAGGCAAUAUUUUUUUUCUUUUUCAUUAAUGCAAUGAGUUGAAUAGAAAGAAAGAAUCACUGUCCUAUUACCUACUAAACAGACUAGUGUCCACGUGGCCAAUUUGAUCACUUUCUUCCAUAAUCAGUGUUUAGUACAAACCAAGAAACAUUUUGCUCCUACCUCUCCAUUUUCUAUCAUGGCUAUCAGUACUGAUCAGCUUCUGUCACUACAGCAUUACGUUAUGAUGGACAUGUUUAUAAUUAAUUAGACUAUAACUUAGCUUUCAUUAAUUACAUUUUGGAUGGAUGUCUUCAUUUCUUGCUGCUGAUGAGAUUUGAUAGGGAUUAGAAUUCUUAAUGAACUUCAGAAGACACCCCUGUCUGUUCAACCAAGAGUGUAUUUACCAAACUUCGAUACCUUUUUUUUUUCCUUUGGUAUACCACCCACAGAUGUCCAAAUGCGUCUAAUUUAUAAUAAACACUAGUUAUUCUAACAGGAAGGAUUUUGUAUAAAACUAUUUCCCCAAAAGUUUGGCCUGCACAUAUACAUGUAAAAUGCUAUGCUAGAUAAUCCUAGUAACCUGAACAUAUACAUUUCAGCUACCUCCUCAACUCCUAAGACAUAAUUUAUGCCUUAGGAGAAUUUUUUAAGAGCACUUUUGUGAAACAAAGGCACAUUCAUAGGCAAAUCUUUUUCCCCCCAUUUUCUGAAAAUAGGUUAAGCUCUGAGGCCAUUGGGAUGGAUUGUCUUCCCAAAUAAAUGGACAAAAGGUCUUUGAUUAGAUUGGAAAAUUAAAAAAUAAACUUGUUAUUUACUAGCUGUGGUUUGUUGGAUUCUUGCUUUUAUUAGUGACAAGCCAUGGGAAACUAAGUUACACAUUAGUGCGAAAGGAAGUCGCUGAGACUGCUGCACCAUUAAAUGUUAUAACUUCAGAAGGCAUUGGGAAUAAAAAGUUCACUGUGACCAAAAUCAUCCAACUUUAAUGGUCUUUAUCUGUAAUGUCUUUCACAAAGCUCUUUAGGCAGGAAGAGAGAUGAAGUUUUAUUGGUUUACUAGUGACAUAUAUUCAAACAAGAUAUGUAGUGCAAUAUUCACUAUUCUUUUGUGUCUAACAGCAAGUACCAUAAAAUGAUGAACAUAAUAGAACUUUAGAUUUUGAAUUUUUCAUUCAAAUUAGGCAAAAGAGUUGUUCUGCACUGAUACUAGCAUUCCAUUUGUUAUGGUUUGACCAUCCUGUGCAAAAACAUUAUUUCUUUAGCAAAUGAACUGAGAUUGUAUGUAUUGCUUUUAGGUAUAACUGCAAGUAUCAUUGAUGAAGUUUCCAGGUAUCUAUUUCUUUACUUUUCAGUAGAGUAAUUAAAAGUAAAGAUUGACUAGUAUAAUUCUAAGCAUUGCUAAGAUCUUGCAGAAGUUUACAUAGAUUUAGCCCCAUGCCUCUUACCCUGCAAAUUCUGAACAACUUUAAUGUUUGUUUAUUUUUGGAGGAGAGAGAGAGAGAGAGAGAGAGAGAGAAUGAGUAGGGGAGGGGCAGAGAGAGAGAGGGAGACACAGAAUACAAAGCAGGCUCCAGGCUCUGAGCUGUCAGCACAGAGCCCAACAUGGGGCUUGAACUCACAAACCGUGAGAUCAUGACCAGAGUUGAAGUCGGAUGCUUAACCAACUGAGCCACCCACGUGCCCCCAGACAACUUUACUCAGAGGACAAUCAAAUAAAAUGAUGAGUCUAAUAAUAUGAUGACCUUUUCUUUCUCUUUUUUUCUUCUUAUUUUUAAAAACAUGGAUGUGUAUUUGUUUUGGUAGUAUAAACUUUGGGCAGUGUACAAGGAAUGUGUAAUAGGACUUCAGAAUUAUCAUGAACACUUGUGGGACAAUUGGGAAAUUAACAAUGUUGCCAUCCAGUGGCACUUAAUUCAGGUUAGGUUUCCAUUUUCUGGUCUGUGGCCUUUAUAAAUGAUAGAGUCUCAGUGUUGGAGGAGACCAUCUGUCCAGGUCGCCUGAAGCUUAGAUUCUUACUAUACUAUUCCCAAAUGGCCUUUCACACAAUGUUUGUAUAUCUCUGGGGAAAGGAACUCACACCUUCCUCUGAAGAAACUCAAUUUUCUUAGGCUUGCUCAGAUUAUAAAUUUUGUUUUUUUCAAAAAUGGAAUAAAAAUCCAUUUUAUCAUUAUCACAUACUUAUCCCACUUAGGAUCAUACAGAAAAAGUCUAAUAUCUCAUCCACAUUAGGGGCCCCCAGGUGGCUCAUUCGUUUAUGCGUCUGACUCUUGGUUUCAGUUCAGGUUGUGAUCUCACGGUUUGUGGGAUCUAGCCCACAUAGGACUCGGCACUGAUAGCGUGGGGCCGGCUUGGGAUCCUCUCUCCCUCUUCCUCUGCCCCUUUCCUGCCUGUGCUUGCUUUCUCUCUCUCUCUCAAAAUAAAUAGAUAAAAUUAAAAAAAAAAAUCUACUGCCCAAUCAGUACACUUUUGGAGUCUUGGAUAUGAUCUGAAGGAGAGUUUUUAGAAAUUCUUAUGAUUUAUUUUAAUUUUUUCUUUGCUUUUUUUAAAAUAUUUUUGUCUUUGGGCUGAUAAUGUGCACUGUCUGGUGGGAGUUCAUAAAGUGCCAACAGUACCCAAAUGUUAUCUCCUUUUAACUUUGACUCACACCAUUGAAAAAGUAGAUGGUUUCAGAAUUCUCAGGUCACACUGCUUUCAGAGUGCCCAGAAAAACAACAGACAAAAAAUACAAAAGGUUGUAUUCCACAUGCUAUUUUCAUUUAUUAACAAUUUUUUUUUUCAUCCCUUCCACCCCAACAAAGUAGCAAUAUCUAUUAAAACAGCUUGGAAUUCACUGAAGCAACAACACUUAGAAUUUAGUAAUGAGGCAUUCCUCUGGCUUCACAUCUGUUAACAUUUUUGCCGUAGACUAAAUUUCGAAGGGAAACCAAUAAAAAUUCCUGACAGUAAUCAGGAAAUAUUCUGAAGCAAUUACACAUUAGAAGUCCAUUCUUAUAAUAUGGUUUUUAAGGUGAAACAAUAUGUGAUCUCAUAUGAAUUAAUUUACAGCCUCCUUGUAUAUAAUAAAAUGAUUUGUCUUUUAUAAUCAAAAGGUAGAAGGCAUAAGACUGAUGCUUCUGUCACUUGCCUCAGUUUUUCCUAUUAUCUUGUAUCUCUUUUAUUUUUCAUGUGGCUCUUUUUUUCGCCCUUAGCAUUCUUAUCUAUCUGUUUUUAAGAUGAUAAUGUCUUUCAUUCUUUGAAGUUGGAUGAGGGUAGAAGGGAACUGGGAAGUGGUUCCAGAAGAAAGACAGAGCAUGAUAAGGGAAUGCAAGAUAGCAGCAGUCAGCACAGGGUGGAGCAUCUGGUAGCAAAACGAUGUGACAGUUGUUAUACAUUGGGUACUACCUAGCCAGUUACAGUAGAACUUAUUUGUGGGUUGUGGAAAAAAAUAUGCCGUGGAUUCUACCCGUGAAGAAAUGACGUUUAUCACAAUGUGGACAGAUUUGAAAGUGUGGCAAUGUAGAGCAGGGGGUCAAUGAAUCUGAACUGUUUUCUGGAACAGAUGCAUUUGAGGGAGGCAUUCUGGCAGAGAAUGUUUCCAUCAUAAACACUCCCUUGAACUUUCACUUCAUAGCACAGCUAUCUUCAUUUAAAUAAGAAGGGGUGAGAGGUAGAUGGUCAAAAUAAUGUUGGAGGGAGAGCUAAGUUUUCCUUGACAUUAUGGAUGUCUUUAAUCACAUUCUCUUUUAAAAAUUAACUUACAAAAUAUCUUCAGCCUGUUUAUUUUAAAAACUGAAUCCCAGAUACUACAUUUGGGUCUACCCAGUCUCAUCAAUUUAUCUCAUUCACAAUUUUAGCAUCAAAAGUCUCAUCUAUUAAUACCAUAGUGAUGGCUAAGAAGUUAUGAGCAUCUUCCUCUAAGCAAUGCUAGUUCUUUUCAGUGUAUUAUUUUUAUGCUUUCAGAAGUCAUACUUGUCCCAUUUUUAUAAGUCUGUCUCUUCACAAAGGAAAGCGGAUAUGCAUGUAGUUUUGUUUGUGCAUCUGUAACAUUUUUACCAUUUCAAAAUUCAAAUCUGUUUUUUUUUCUGGGGGGGGGCAAAAUAAAAAGUAUGACAUAAUGGUUGUCAUGUUGAAAUAUUACACAUCCAGAGCUGACGGCAAAUUACAGUGUGAAGAAUUGUAGUAGUAAUUUGAUCACAUGGGCAAGUCUGAUCUCUCAGAAAUAACAUAUGUUCCACAUUUUCAGCAGUAUUUGGUGGCAUACUGCGAAAACUCUAAGCCUUUGAACUUGUUUAACUCCUGGACUUUAUUAACCCCUGUCAUAGACCAUUCAGAGCUCAAGUGCACAAAGCAAAUGUAUUUAUGUUUCCGUAAAGUUAAAACAAGAAGAUCUUCCUCGGGAUCAUAAAACAGUCCAUACAUACCCCCCCACCCCCACGCCCACCCGCCCCCCCCCCCCCCCCGGCAGCUUUUGUCAUGCCAAAUGUUCUCCAUCCAGGAAGGGAAGAGUUGUGGGAACACUCUCCUUUCUAUCAAGAAGGGGCUUUAUUGCUCUAAGGAACCUGGGGCCAGCUCAAGAGUUUCAUGUAAACUUUGCAUAACCAAGGCCCUACUUUAUUUUGUAAGAGCUGUACAAUGUGACAUAUGCCAAAGUAAAUAGCUGUUGUAGCUAAGUCAGCAUCUCCACAAGUUUGUAGAAAACCAAGCCCAUUUGUUUAUUUUCAUUGCAGUUGAAAAACACUGACACAUGAAAGCAAGUUGAUCAAAUCUGUUCCAAAUUGCAGAGUGAAAUUUAAAGUGUUAGGAAAGAGAUGAAAAUAAAUGAACUGCACAAAAUGCAUGUCUAGUCUUUGAUUUUUUUAAUGUAGUCUUCUUUUUAAUCUUUUAGGAUAGAAAUGUAUUUUUUUUCUUUCAAUUUUCAAGUGUUUGAAGAAAGGGCCCCUUUCUACCUAUUAAUCUAAGUGAGAAUUUCAUAUACAAAAGGAAAAAAAUACAUUUUAACAUUAGAUACCCACGACACAAGUUUAAUAUCUGAAACUGAGUAUGUGAAGCUACAUUAGGAGACAACUUCGGUAAUUUUUAGAGGGACAUUUAUUUUUUGCUCGUUUGCCUCAUAUCAGAGGUCAGUAAUUAGUUUACAAACACAAAUUACAGCUCAAUCUUAACAAAGAUUGUUUUUAAAUAAAAAAUAGUAAAUAGUCUGAGAAUUCUUGGAAAAGAUCAUUUAUAUGUUAAAUCUGUGACAUAAUAGGUACAUGGGUGUUCAUAGAACAUAUCACUAAAUAAUUGUGAAGGUAUUAAAAUUGUAGUGGUUUCAGAAUUUCUUUAAGGACAAAUUUAGUAUUUAAAAAUCAAGAACUAUACCCUUGCGACCGUAAGUAAAUGGCCAUACAGGAAGAUGGUAAGAUAUGAAAAGAUGGGGAAUGAAUUAUAGGCACUUGCAUUUUUUCCUUGUAAGAUUCCUUGUCUUGUGACAGUUUUACUCAAACAUGGAGGUGUCAACUUGCAGAACAAUGUGCUUGGAAUUAGGCACACGAUGCUUGUUAACAGUAACAAGGCUUGUUAAUCUAAAUCUCUGCAGACUCCACUGAAAAUAUCCUUUCGUGCAUAGGGGUAGCAAAUAAUGAACAUAUUCCCUGUGUGUGUUUGUUUAGCUCAAGCAGUGCCUUCAGCUUUCCCUAUAAAACAUUUUAGAUAUCUAGAACAAUUUACCAUAUCCAGCCUUCAGUUCGCUUAACGUCAUGCCAGAUUGUUUUUACUCAAUUAACAAAAGGACAAAAAUUGGGCAGAGGCCAAAGGAAAGCAACUGAGGUACAAAAAGUGAGUACAAGCUUGGACACCAGGAUUGGUAUGGAAAGGCUGUUAGCCUAAGGGAGGAAAAAGUUACUUUAUACCAUUGUUCAGUUAUCUUAUUGUAUCUUAUAUUCAGGAUACCAAUUAUCUAUCUCUGCUGAAGGGGAAAAAUAAUACUUAAAAUUAAAGAGAUUAUUUAAUUUAUACAUAAAUAAAGAAUAGCUGUAAGCGUUCUAUGAUAAAUGUAGUAAUAAUAUAAAUAAAAUCUUCUUUCCAAAGAAUGGUGCAUUACAGAAAAAUCCUUCUUCCUUGCCUGGUCUAUAUCUAUGCCGAUAAAGGAAGGUCCUAUUAGUCAUAUCCCUCUGACUGGACUAUAACUCUGAGUUUUGGAUGUAAUUUGAACAGGGUCCCAACCAUUCAUAUCUGCUCUCAAACUGGUCUUGAGAGCUCUAUAUGUAAAUUCUCCUAGGAAAAGUUCAACAGCAGAGAAUUAUUUGAUAUAUGUUCUUAUGGUCCCUAUAUAGAUUAUGGAAUUGGUUUUUCUAUUUUAUUUAUUUUUUAUUUUUUAAAGUUUGGGGUGCCUGAGUGGCUCAGUCGGUUGAGUGUCUGACUUCGACUCAGGUCGUGAUACUGCAGUUCAUGGGUUUAAGCCCCGUGUCGGGCUCUGUGCAGACAACUUCAAGCCUGGAGCCUGCUUCAGAUUCUGUGUCUCCAUCUCUCUCUGCCCCUCCCCCGCUCACAGUCUGUGUCUCUGUCUCUCAAAAGAUGAAUAAAUGUCAAAAAAAUUUUUAAUUUUAAAGUUAUUUAUUUAUUUUGAGAGAGAGAGAGAGAGAAAAAAACCAGUGGGGAGGGGGGGCAGAGAGAGAGUAAGAGAGAAUUCCAAACAGGCUCCCCACAGUUAGCGCAGAGCCCAACACAGGGAUUGAACUCAUAAACUGUGAGAUUGUGACCUGAGUUGAGAUCAAGAGUUGGAUGCUUAACCAAAUAAGCCACCCAGGCUCCCCUCUUUGUUGUUUUUCAAUGAGGAGUAUUACUUGAAAAUAUCUGUAGGGUGAUAUUUCUAUUUCUCUGGGAGCAGCUCUCCACUCUAGUGAAUGAUACUGAAUUUCAGCAUCUAUAGCCACAUUGUAAGUAUCUGUCUAGAUCAAUAUUGAAAUAAAACCAUUUGGAAAAGGUUGACCUUACAUGAAUAAAGGUUGUACACAUUUCAGAAGAGAAUCUCUUUCUUAUAUACAUACAUAGUGAAUUUCUCUUCCUCGCUGCCUCUAAGGUAUUUAUUUUAGGAUAUCUGUGUGUGUAUGUAUGUAUGUAUGUAUGUAUGUAUGUAUGUAUGUAUGUACCUAUCGAUCUAUCUAUCGAUCUAUCUAUCUAUCUUCACUGGUCAAAGUCAAGCAUGCUAGCCAGGCUUUCAAAAUUGUAAGAGUCAGCAUUUCAAGAAUUUUUCUGUAACAUUUUAGGCAAAGAUAAAUGAUAUUUAACUUACUACACCAAGAAGUGAUUAUCCAAUUUAUCCAGUUUAAGGAAAGAUUUCAACUGAUAUGAAUGUCAGUCUUUAUGUAGAACUCUCUUGUCAUGAAGAAGGUCAAAAUAUUUCUUCCCGGUGACAUGACUGAAAAAUUCCAAUCAUU